AAAGCUGAUAUAGAAGAAACGCCAAAAGAAAAAGCAAUUAUCAUCAGAUGUCUAUAAAAAUAUUAUUCUUGAUCUAUUUAAUACAUUUUAUUGACUCUACAACGGUUAAUAAGAAGGUUCAUUACGAAUUUAAGGAAUACAAUUUUAAAGAAACGAGCAAAAAUGAACUUAGCCUUUUUAAAGAAUUCGAAUCAGCAUGCCAAGGAUCCGAAAAAUGCCAAAAUCUUAACAAUGAUUCGAUUCAAAGAACCCAUUGCAUUCUCGAGUGCAUUAGUCCCAUCUGCUAUCGGGAACUUUAUGAAAAUGAUCCACUAGAAGAAGGAGAAAUUGACGUAAGAGGCAACUCUUUUAAAGGAUGUUUCAUCCAACGGUCUGGUCUAACGAGAAAUUAAAUGAAAACCCCAACUGAUAAUUUCAAAAUAUGCAGCAUAACUUUUUAUUUUGUUACCAUCCCUUCAGCUUUCAAUCUUUGUUUUGGAAUUCUUCUCAUUGAAUAAUUUUGAGCUUUUUUGAAGCAACAAAAAAUUGAUAUUGUGAAUAUUAUAAUAAAUUAUAGUCAGUGAAUUUGAGCCAUAAUUUUAUAUAGAUGCGAGUAUUAUUUCUUCAUCCCGAUUUGGGAAUAGGCGGUGCUGAAAGAUUAGUAAUUGAUGCCGCAUUAGCACUCAAAAACUGUGGUCAUACAGUAAGCUUUUUAACGAAUCAUCAUGAUAAGACACACUGCUUUGAGGAAACAAGAAAUGGUACAUUAGAAGUCAAAGUUGUUGGUGAUUGGAUUCCAAGAAAUAUUUUCGGAAAAUUUUAUGCAUUCUGUGCAUAUUUUCGUAUGGUUUAUGCUGCAUUUUAUGUUGUUCUGUUUCAAUCCAAAGAAGAGAAACUUGACUUGAUCUUUUGCGACUUAAUUUCACUUGGAAUUCCGCUUUUAAAAUAUGCAAAACAUAAUCCAAAGAUUCUCUUUUAUUGUCACUUUCCUGAUCAAUUAUUAACAAAACAGGGUGGAUGUAUGAAAUCAAUUUAUCGGAUACCAUUAAAUUAUUUAGAAGAGAAAACAACUGGUGCUGCUGAUGGAGUUUUAGUUAAUAGCAAAUUUACAAGUAGAAUCUUUAGUGAGACAUUCAAAUCACUUAAAAUUACUCCCGGUGUUCUUUAUCCAUCACUAGUAACCAAAUCAUUCGAUCAAUAUAAAACAAAUGAUAAUUCUGUGGACGGAAUCGCUUUUAAUGCAGUAAUCCUCUUAUCAAUUAAUCGUUAUGAACGGAAAAAAAAUCUACCAUUAGCUUUGAAAGCAUUUAAGCUACUUGAGAGAAACUUGACAAAACAGGAAUGGGAUAAAGCCCAUUUAGUACUUGCUGGUGGAUAUGACUCGCGAAAUCUCGAGAACAUUGAACACUUUAAUGAAUUGAUUGCAAUUUGUGAGAAUUUAGGAUUGAAAGAUAAAGUUACAAUGCUUAGAUCGCCAAGUGAUGAAAUAAAGAUUCAGCUAUUAAAUCGUUGUCGGAUGCUUCUUUACACUCCUACUAACGAGCAUUUUGGAAUUGUACCAUUAGAAGCAAUGUACUUGCAAGUUCCAGUUAUUGCUGUCAAUUCUGGCGGUCCAAAAGAAACUGUAGUACAUGAACAGACUGGAUUUCUCUGUGAAUCAACCCCUGAAGAUUUUGCUAAUGCAGCAACGCUUAUAUUUAAAGACAUGAAGCUUGCAGAAAAAAUGGGAGUAAUGGGACGAACUCGUGUUAAGCAAAGAUUUUCAUUUGAGGCAUUUACUGAAAAACUGAAUCAAAUUGUCAGGAAUUUAAUAAAUGAAACUCAAUAAACUUAUGCUUAUCUCCUCUUGCAUAGUAAUAAAAACACUUGCCUUAUUUAAUUUAUCCGAUACUAACAGAAAUAAUAAAAAUAGCAGUAGUAAGAAUCUUAUACAUCCUUGGUAUAAUCACUAACAUAUAUUGGCAUAUCAGCAUACUUUUUCAAUGGUUCAAUGACUUCUAAUUGAACAUUAUAUUGCUGAUCUAAUCCAAUAUAACCGUCAGAAAUAAAAUAGACAGUAUAAAUAACACGUCCUAUGUUAGAUAAUGGACUGAGAACAAGAUGAUGUGAACUUCUAGCUGAUUUAUAGUUUACUCGUUUCAGCCCAAUUAGUUCUCCAUUUUCUUGAUUACCGAUCGUUAGGAACCAAUUCUCAUCUUUUGGUUUUGGGAAUCGACAAUAAAUAUAGUUGGAACUUCUAAUUCCUAAUCUAUGAAGACUCACAAUUAGCGUAUAUUCUUCAUCGGCAUGAAUUUGAAUCCAUUGAUUUCUAUUUGAUGGUUGGGCAACUAAUUGAUCAACUUCUGUUUCUUUUUUUAAUGGUCCUCGAAUUUUCAUCUCAAUAUUAAUCGUUGGCAGAUCUUUAAUUACUUUAUAAAUUUGUUCAAUUUGCGGUUCCUCAAAUUCCUUUCUCAACGGUCCAGCCAAUGCUUCGUAGUUCUUGAUGCAUUUUUCUUUCAGUAGAGGUAGAGUCAAUAUUGGAUAG